UCCUCCGCAACAUCCUGGUCUCCAUGCAUCGCCCUGAUGUAAAGGUGAUGAUAGAUGAUGGGGUUUUUUUCCCCUCUUCCUCUUGGGGGUGCCGCACAGCUGCUACUUCUUUAAGAGACACCGCCCGCCCCCUCGCCUGUAUUUUUAGCUGAGCCAGCUUCUUCAUUUGCUGGAUAAGACAGGCAUAUCUCUGAGUGUGGACUGGAAGGACUUCAUCGUUUUUAAUGCAUGACAUCAGUUCGCAUCCUGUGGAUUUGCAGUGGGCCCAUGCGGCCAGAUGUUCCCUUGGAGUAUCUAUUUUUCAGAUGCUGAAACGCGCAGUCACCCCGUGGAUGCUUGAUGUGCGUUAUGAAACGCAACGCUGCACCGGGUACCUAAAAUGAAGCGAGAUCAAACAAAUUAAAGGGGAAAUCUAUUCAUCUACAAUCCAAAUAUUCCUGCAGCGCAGAAUCCUGCUCCUCGGCCCGCUGGUUCCUAUUUUCCUUGGACUAGGGGAUCAGGAGAAAACCUUCAAGACGGAGGGGGUAGUGGAGCAUCGAGGGAAAAACAGGGGCAACAUGAGAGAGCGGGACUUCAUGCCCAACAUGGAGAGAGGCAAACCUGCCACUUACACGGGGGACAAAAAGGCUAAAAUGGCUGCUAAGACUAACAAGAAGUGGGUGAGACUUGCCACUGUUUUUGCAUAUGUGUUGUCGGUGUCCUUAGCAGCCAUUAUCCUGGCUAUUUACUACAGUCUGAUCUGGAAACCAACCAGCGCAUCUUCCUCAUCUGGGAAGCCUGUGGUGCCUGAAGGGGUCUCCCCCACCGCGAACAUCUCAGCAGUUUCUCCAAACAGCAGCGUCUCAGAGUGGAACUCUACACAGACAGUGGUGGUGACUGAUGUGGCUGUGAACCAAACCGGGCUGGCCACGACCCCGCGCAAUUAUGCGGAAAGGGGGUUCGUCUACAUGCGCGGCGCAGCGGGAGCAGAAAGUGCGCACGCGGAAAAACUGAACGCAUCUUCCCACGGCGACACGCACACGAGCGUCCCUCUCACCCCGGAGGAGGAGAGCGACGCGGUGACCGAAAACAGCGGCCCCGAGCAGGCGGCCGCGGACGGAGCCACUGUCCCUCCGACUUAAAGCCGGAGCUGAGAGGAGACUGAUCGGGCCGCCCAUUAUAACCCACCACUGCACCCUCUCUUAUUUAAAAACGUAAAGUUUUACAUUCUCAAAGCCGCAGGUCGGAUUAACACAAAGGUCUUCUUGCUGGAGAGCUCACUUUGCAGAGCCCCCGUAUGGAUGCCGAACUGCACAUACUAACUCGUAACCUUGAUUUCAUGCCUCAGAACAGAGGACCGCUAUUUUCCUCAAAGAUCACUUUCCCCUGUACUAUGCUUUCCUUUUUAUUUUUAAGACAUCUCUAUGCCUUAAAUCCACUUUUGAAGCCACUUACCUGCCCGAAAGUGUGGACAAAACUGGUAAAAAUGUUUCCAAAUUAUAUAGAACGAUGGCCAGAAUUAUGUUUUUGGUUUUGUAGGACACUCUGUUAUGCUGAGCUGUAAUUUAUCAAAUUAAAUCAAUAUUACACGGCCAGCAUUUACUUGUGGGGCCCAUUUGCAUUACAAAAGGGGCCACAAAUGGGAUUGUCUGAAGAUUUCACCAUAGACAUAGGCUGGUGUUAGAUUCUGGUGUAUGAAUACUGCCGUUUUACUGUAUUUACAUUUACAUUGGUCCAGUUGAACAAUUCAGUAUUGCAGUGAUGAAAUUCUUUGUUUUUCCUCCCUGGUGUUUCUUUCUACCAAUUUUUAAUUCUUAGUCUAAGUUUAGACCAUGCCUGGCAUUAAAAAAAAAGUCAAGCAAAAUGCAUAUGAGCAAAUCAGCACAAACAAUUUCACUCAUGUCUAAAUUCUGUCUAUGUGCACCCUGAAUUUAAUUUAUUACUUUAAAUUUAAUACAUAUGCUUAGGCACAAAUAUUGAACGCUUGUUAAUUUCAGUUGUACAUUUCAAGAGCUUGUAUGAAUAUAUGCUUUUUGAUGUUCUUAAAUUUAUAUUGUAAAAUAACAAGCUGGUAUUAGCUGGUUAAUUAGUCAAGCUACCGCUGCUCAAGUAGCCUGCCUGCACUCAGGUGCUUUACAGACAUUCAGGUCAUAGGAUGUUAGGUGUCACCUUUAGUUUAGUUUCCACACCAUGACCAGCCAUGUCUUUUGUGUCUGGAAAUAUUCUGAACAGUUAAAUUUGUCUUUUUUGUAACUGUGGGAGAAGUGUAGCAGCCAUCUUUGAGCCAGCUGAAUCAGCAGUGCACAGCAAAACUUAAAAAAAAAUGUUGUAAUCUGUUACAUGUAAUCAAAUUAGGUUUGUCAAACAUACUUUAUUUACAUUUGUUUAACGUGACAUCUUCAUAAACUUAUGUUUACUUGGAUAAGUCUAAUUUGACUACUUGUAACAAAUUAUUAUUUUUUUAAAAGUUGGAUCACAUUUUCUUUUUUCACUGUAUACAGCCAGAGAUCACACUGGUCAUUCUGGAAACAAUUUCAGAUGUCAUAAAAAAAUUAUUUAAAUAUAUUAAUGCUAUCAAUUUUUGUGCUUUUCAAACCAUAACUAUUUUAAGUUUCAUACCUACAUACCAGUAACCAGCCUAUGUCUAUGAAUUGUAAAAUUAGGGAAAAAUUGGGAAGCAUAUGGGUACUGCAUAAUUUGGUUGGGCUAAACCAAAUUAGUAUCCAGCCACGCUGAACAAAAUUUAUAUGGAGCCAUUAUACACAUCUUGGCUGGGUACUUAAUUUUUAUACAUAUAGCUUAUAAACUGUGCUUUCUUUGAUUGAUCAAACUCUGGAUUCUAUCCCAUUAGAAGAGCCUGCAUUAUUAAGUUAUGCUCAGGUACAGUAUGUGCAUAUAACUAUGUAAAUGUUAUGUGUAUUUGGUUCUGUACAUAUAAGACAGGCAUACAUAUUUUGGCCUUGAACGUUUAGUGGAAAUAGAGCAGAUUUUUAUUGAAAGUAAUAGUAUAUACAAUAGGCAUAACUAUAUCCCACCAUACAAAUAAACAUCUGUGGGAAAUGAUUAAUUUCAAUGGUUUUCUAUCAAUUAUCUGUUAUUAUUCUGUACGCCGAUGAUAUAUUUGUUUAUUUAGAGCAUGUUUCUCGAACUGUGGCACAGGUACUACUGGUGGUACUUGUGUCUGUAGUAGUACUCAGAGGAACAUAUGGUAUCAAAUAUUUACAAGGUAAAUGUAAUGUAAAUGAGCUGUAAUGUAGAGCUAAUAAGCCCAAAUUGCUAAAGAGAUGAGAUGUUCAAGCACAUUGAUCUGGACGCCUAUUUAGAUCACCUACUGGGAAUACCGAUGAAAACUAGCCUUUUGGUACAUCUGCAUUUAAGUUUACAUGUUUAUUGAUGUACGUUAUCCCUUUUGAAUACAUGUAUACAAAUAAAUAUAUAUUAAAAUAAACAUGGAAGAUAGGA